CCCCCACAAAACAGAGAGAUGGCUCCAGCAGAGGAAAGCAGUAAAUUUGAAGCAUAUCCAAUGAAAAGUGGAGAUGGCCCCAACAGCUAUGCCAACAACUCCACUUACCAGAGAGGAAUCGUUGACAUUGCCAAAGAACUUCUACACAAGGAAAUUGCAGAAAAGCUUGACAUAGAAAUCUUUAUAUCUUCCAACACCUUUCACAUUGCAGAUUUGGAUUGCUCUGUUGGGCCCAAUACAUUUUUUGCGGUUCAAAACAUACUCGAAGCUGUGGAACUCAAAUCUCAAAGCCAGGGAUUAAAUUCUCAGAUAUCUGAAUUUCAAGUUUUCUUCAACGAUCAUACGCCAAAUGAUUUUAACAUGCUCUUCAAAUCCCUCCCUCAAAACAGGCGAUACUAUGCUGCGGGUGUCCCUGGUUCUUUCUACGGCCGCCUAUUUCCUAAAGCUUCUAUUCACUUUUUUCACGCUUCUUUUUGCCUUCAUUGGCUUUCUAGAGCACCAAAAGAGGUAGCGGAUAAAAACUCUUCAGCAUGGAAUAAAGGACGAAUCCAUUACCUAAAUUCCAGAGAGGAAGUAGUAAAGGCUUAUGAAGCUCAACAUGGUGAGGACAUGGAGUGCUUCCUGCAUGCCAGGGCACAAGAGAUUGUGUGUGGAGGAUUGAUGCUACUUAUCGUUCCUGGCCUCCCUCAUGGAGCCUCUCAUUCUCAUACCGAGGCAAAGGGAUCCCAUGAAGUACUAGGAUCUUGCCUCAUGGACAUGGCCAGAAAGGUAAGGGUUAGUGAAGAGAAAGUAGAUUCGUUUAACGUACCAAUAUAUUACAUGUCUCCUCAAGAAUUGGAAGCUUUAGCAUAG